UAAAGGGAUGGAAAAGUUCGGGCUCUGCUUUGAGGUUUUGUUUCUUUUUGAAUCCGACGCUUAGAAAACGGAAACUCUCCAAACAUUCCCAUUUGAUCGCUAGCAAAUUGCUAUCUGCACGAUUAGCAGCAGGAAAGGAAAGAAAUAAAAACAAAAAAAGAAGGAGCACAGAGAAAAGAGCGGAGGGGAGAGCCUAGCAGACACAUCGGAUCCCGUAGGGAUUGGGGAAAUAAAUCUCCCCACUGGCCUUGUUAUAUUUAUGGAGCCUUGAGCUGUGUAUUUAAAAGUAUCACGUCUGUAGCCUGGAUCCCACAGAGCGUUUCCGAAAGAGAAACUGUUAAGCAGAAACUGGCAGGCUAGAAAGGACAAUAUUAAAAUUGGGGGCCUGGACGGGAAGGGGGGCGGGGAAUCACCAUAUUAUUGAAACACUGGAUAUUAGCUUGCUUAAAAAAAAUUAAAAUCUUCUAUUGCUCUCUGGGCCUGUUUCAACAUCCAAGGAAGCGCAGGGAAUAACGGCAGGAAGGAUAUUCCACUGAAGCUGCCGUCAAAGGCUAGAGAAGGGAUGGUUAAAUGACGGGGUAUCGUUUAUCCCCGAUAUUGCUCUCAUUAGUACUCCCUGAAGGAGCCGCAACUCGUCCACCCGGCUCUCCCCCCGCCCCGGUCGGGCGGUACCGGCGCCGGGGGUAGGGCGCGGGGACCGGCAUGUCCCUCGUGUCCCUGCCCGCGUCCCUGCUCCCCGCCUUGCCCCUGUAUCCCGGGGCCGGGGCCCUGACCCGCUCUCUCUGCUUCUCUGUCUCGGGAAGGCUCCUCCGCCCCCUCCAAGAUGAUGCUUAGCCCGGACCAAGCUGCCGACUCCGACCACCCCUCCUCGGCGCCCUCCGACCCGGAGUCCCUGGGCGGCGCGGACGCCCAGGCGCUCAGCUGCUGCGUCUCCGACCCGGAGCCCGCCGAGGGCGGCGGCGGCGAGGGCCGGGGCGGCGGCGGCGGCGGCGGCGGGGAGAGCCGCGGCGGGGGCCGGCCCGGGCUGCACCCGCCGCCGCUGAGCCGGGAGGAGAAGCGCCGGCGGCGCCGCGCCACGGCCAAGUACCGCUCGGCCCACGCCACGCGUGAGCGGAUCCGCGUGGAGGCCUUCAACCUGGCCUUCGCCGAGCUGCGCAAGCUGCUGCCCACCCUGCCCCCCGACAAGAAGCUCUCCAAGAUCGAGAUCCUGCGCCUCGCCAUCUGCUACAUCUCCUAUCUCAACCACGUGCUGGACGUGUAGCGCCCGGCGGACGCCCGGAGCCCCGGGACCCCCGGUCCCGUCGCCCCGGGUCCGGCCGCGGCGGGCAGCGCCUUCCCCGGGGCGGGCGGGGGUCCCCGCUGCUUGUGCUCCUCCCGGAGGGCUCCCGCCCGGCCGAGAGCCCGCUUUUCGAAGAGAAGCGUAAAACAGGAUUGUCUCUUCAGGCUGUCAAGUGCCCCUUUAUAUAUAUCCAAAAACAUCUACU